ACUGCCUUGAUGAGUGGAACCAUGCUUGAAACCCAAACCUGCUGAGAGGAUCUUGUUGAAAGAUGCAACCAGGAGGUCCACCCGCUCCACCACCACUACCACCACCUCCACCUCCACCCCCGCUACCUCCACGACCUCCUCCGCUACCUCCUCCACCUCCAGCCCCUGGCCUUUUCCCAUCACUAAAUGGCCCGGGCUUCGCCAAGGGACAGCGCCGGCGCUCCAGGAUGCGCAAUUUCAACUGGGAAACCCUUCCCAAGCAAAGUGUGAUAGGAAAGCACAACAUCUGGACAGCAGAUAAGACUGAUGGGGAAUAUGAGCUGGACACCGAUCACAUAGAGGAGUUGUUCAGUCACAAGCAGGUCCAGCAGCAACUCAAGACCCAGAAUGUGAAGGGCCUGUCGACUCCAGCCACAGGAGGGGAAACGGUUUCCAUCCUCAAUUCCAAGAGGAGCAUGAAUAUUGGAAUUUUCCUAAAACAAUUCAAGCGUUCUUUAGAAGACCUGAUUGAAGAAAUUAAAUCAGGAAGCAGUCACAGUUUUGGUCCUGGAAAACUGCGAGACUUGUGCAAGUUACUGCCAGAUGACGGGGAGGUCAAGCAGCUGGUUAACUUUAAAGGCGACCACUCUGCUGUACCCGAAGCAGAUCGUUUUAUGCUCAUGCUGGUCAAAAUUCCUAGUUAUGAGAAGCGUCUGAGCAACUUGGUGCUGAAAGAGGAAUUUUUCCCCCUCAUGGAGGAAAUGAAAGGAUUAAUUGGUACUUUGACAGCUGCUGGAAGAGAGUUAUUAGAGUCUGAUCAUCUUCAUUCUAUCAUUCGUUUGGUACUGAAGACUGGAAAUUACAUGAAUGCUGGCGGUUAUGCAGGCAGUGCAAUUGGCUUUCGGAUGUCUUCUCUGCUGAAGCUAGUGGAUACCAAAGCAAAUAAACCAGGAAUGAAUCUUAUGCAUUAUGUCGUGAUGCAAGCCCAGAAGGCUGAUAUGGCCCUGCUGAAUUUUCCAGACCAGCUCAAACAUAUAGAAGAUGCAGCUAGAAUGAACAAAGGUGACAUUGAAGCCGAGUUUAAAAGACAGAUGAAGAAAGUACAAGAUGCCAAAACAAACACCUUGAAGCAUGAAGACCUGAAGGUACAAAUGGAGGAUUUUCUCAAGGAAGCAGAGGUUUGUUUGACUGAAAUAGAGACUGAGCUUCAGGAACUGCAGUCAAUAAGUGAUUCUGUGGCAGAGUACUUCUGUGAGGACCCCACGAAGUUCAAACUGGAGGAGUGUUGCUCUGUUUUCAACUCCUUUUGUGAGAAAUUCAUGCGGGCCAUGCAGGAAAACAAGGCUAGAGAGAUGGCCGAGGUGAAACGGAGACAGAGGGACAGAUUACAAAAUGCAGCCAAGCGCAGGUCCACAGCUACCUGCUCCAGCAGAGACAAGGAAAUGGAUGGUGUUGCAUUAGAGUCUGUACUACAGAAUUUCCUCACCAAUCGCAACUCUAGGAGGAGAUCUGGGAGGCCCUCAUCGACAUUUGGAAGCCCCACUAGUGGCAGCCCUAAUAAUGGGAGCCUGUCAGAAAUUACGUCUCAAGCCAACCUCCUAACUGGAAACCAAAAUCAUGGAGGCUCCUUUGCAUUUAAAGUCAGGGAGAUGGGCAGAAAAGAGUGGAAUUCAGUAGAUGAACUCACAGAGGACUCUUCAUUUAAGAAAGAUCAGUCAAAUAUCGAGGACAAUAAAGCAAAAAGUGACAUUUCUCACAAAGAUGAGAUGAAAACGUCUAGAAAAGAGGACCCUAGAGGAUCUACACACCCAGCCAAAAGGACCGGUAGCAUUGCCUCUGUAGGCAGAUCUUUCUCAGCCACCACUGACGACGAGGAAGAUCUGCAAGACAAUAAUGAGGAAGAGGCCCAAAAGUUACGUGAAGCAUCUAAAAAAGUUUUGCAUUUUCAGAACAGCCGUGGCAGUGUCUCAUCUGCCGACUACUCUCUGGAAAGUCAGAAAUCUCCCUGUGCAAAAAAGACUUUGCCUCGUCAGCUCACUUUUGAUGAGCAUACGGAGGGGUAUCCUGGAAAGCAAAACGAUGAGGAUAUGCUUCAAUUUUUGUUUAAUCCUCAGUCCUCAUCAAAACGCAACCUCGGCCGCCGGCAUACUCUGCCGACCAAAGUCCCAAAAACUGAGGAGGACGAGGAUAAUGUGUGGACUCAGCCUCCAGUCAUAACUCCAAAUCCUGCAGCAGAAAAACAAGGGACACUAUUAGGAGACACGGCUGGACACGUUCCUUCAAAACCAGUGUUUGAUUUUACUAAAACUUCUCACAACUUUCAAAAGUCUGGUGCUCAAAACCAGAAUUCUCCAUCAGCAGAAAAGAAAAGUAAGCCAGCUGUUUCUUUAGCCCAUGGACAAGAUGGAGGGUUUCUGGAACAAAAACAAGAGGGCAAACCAGUGGAGCCUGCAGGCAACAACCUGCAGUUAAAUAGUGAAAAUAUUCCACCUCGGAGUUUGUGGUUUAAGACUGAGACAUCUGGGCUAUUUUUUAGCUUUUUCAAACGGCUUGGAGAUAUGAGCAAACUGCAAAAUAGCAAGGAAGCAACCCAGAAAGGCACUGAUUCUAGUGUGUAGGCUCUGAAAUAUAUUUCUAAAUUUAUGAAAUACAUUAUGUGUAUAAAUUUAAAGCUCACGUAACUUUAGUGUUACUUGCAGUUAGCAUAUAAACGAUGCGUUAUAGCUGACAGUCAUGAUGAUGAUAUAGUGUUGUCUUUAAUGUUAAUUUUGUGACAUGAAAACCAAAUAAGGAGAUUAAGAAUAAGGAGGAGAUUUUAGGAAAUGGUUGGAGAAUGUCUUGUUGUUGUGGAAAGACUUUUGUAUGUUAUACCACUAGAUGGCAGAAUAACAGAGCUGAAAAUGGAGGUGUUCAUUUUCAAAUAAUCCGUAUGUCUAUUUAAGAAAAGAAAGAUGGUCAUAUCCAUGGUAAAACAUUUUGUCUUCAUCUUUUAUGCAUGCAUAAUAAUAUUCUAUUGAUAACAUUUAAAAGUUGGACAAAAUAGUUUAUACAGUGUAGGUGUUAUAUGUCAGAUUUAAACCUUGUAGAAUGUACUGAGAAAGUGAAUAAGUGUAGAAUGUGGAGAUAAGGCAGCAGAA